AUGAAUGUAGUCCUGCUUGUAUGUCUGAAUACAUAUCUGAAUUACUUGUGGUUUUUGUGUGUGUUUCUUUGCCCUAAAGGGAUAGUGGAGCAAUCACAACAGGCAUAUCAAGAAGCUUUUGAAAUCAGUAAAAAGGAGAUGCAGCCAACACAUCCUAUCAGAUUAGGUCUGGCUCUAAACUUCUCCGUGUUUUAUUAUGAGAUUCUCAAUUCCCCGGAGAAAGCCUGUUCUCUUGCAAAAACGGCUUUUGAUGAAGCAAUUGCUGAGCUUGAUACAUUAAGUGAAGAGUCAUACAAAGACAGCACACUAAUAAUGCAGUUACUGAGAGACAACUUGACA